UUUGUUAAAGGGUUAUUUAAUAUGAAAAAUUGCGGAGAUUGGAUCCUCAAAUGUCUCGACUGAUCACAGAAGAGGAAUAGAGGAGAGAAAACUAGAGAUGAGGUGGUACUACCCCAUCCAAUGGCUGUGGCGAAAAGCUCAUUCCCGAUUAUAAGGAAGCAGAGAGAGAAGAAAAAGAAGGAAUUUAAGCUGGACUUGUAUAAGUGUGAAAAGCUCAUUGAAAAUCAACCUAAGGAGUAUGAUAGUUUUAGGCCAAGGCUAAGUAAGACCACACCUUAUAAAGAUUCUAAUGAGAAGGUACUAAGUUCUAUGCAGAAAACACCAUCAUUAUCGACUUUCUCAGAGAUUGAUCACACUCCUGAGAAAUUUGAUGAGAAUUAUUACAGAUUUAGCUGCCCGAUUUGUUUUAAAUUCUUUUCAAACAUUUUGAGAUCUAAAUGCUGAAAGAAUUAUUUCUGAAGGGAUUGAUACCAUACAUUGAAGGAUGACAUCCGUUCCAAAAGUUCUGGAGGAGGUGUCCGCUGCAUAUUCUGUGGCAGAUAUCCACUCAUUCUGGAGCAGAUAGAUCCAAAUAGCCCGGUGAAGAAUUAUGCCAAUGCUCCUCUUAAAAUUUUACAAGGAAAAAUGUCAUUAAUCGAGUUAAAUGAGAGUGGUACAAGAGAAGGAUAUCCAGAAGAUGAACCUGAUCGUAGUAAAGAAAUCAAACUAGCAUCAGCAGAUAGCCAGAUCAUGUCUCCUUACUGCAAUGAGAAUGAAAGCCUAGUCAGAAAGCCCACACUAAAACUCAACUAUUCCGUUCCGAAAAAUCCAUUCAAAGAAUGUAUUGACUCCUACAUUGGAGGAAAAUCCAGUACAAAUCAUUCAAGUCCUAUGGGCAGUUUUAUCCAUUCUGACCAUAAAAGAGGUCAAAAGAGCCCUCUGAUGCCAUCUAAGAAAUAUGAUCAGAAGUUUGGUGAUGAGAACUUGUCGAUCUUUGGGUACUCUCAAAAAGUCCAUCACAAAAGUGUCAGGUCAAAGAUCUUUCGCGAUUCCCUGAAGACAAAGAAGAAGCAUUCUCCAUUGGCCAUCCUCAGCCCGGGAUCCCCAUUGAGAAACUCCUUGACUAAGCUAAGAAGCGGGAGGAAGAUCAAGUAUUAUUAAGUAAUUGGUUUUUCAAGGAGAAUACAAAAUUGA